GCAGAGGCAGGUAGCAGAGGAGCAGCCCCCCGGCUUGGUGGACGCAUCCGUGGAUCGGCAUUCCUCCACCAUGCCGGUGCGGGGCAAGAGGCGACGAGUGGAUGCUGUCGGCUCGUUCGACCUAUGAGACACCGGCAGCUCCUUUUAACUCCGCAUGUCAAAGUUUACAUUUUCAUGACGCAGCAGCAGCAGCAGCAGUGUGGAUGGAUUAAAGGUAUGAGCAGGAGGUCUUGAGCUCAAUACCCCCAUGCCAUUUACGCGUAGAUCCACAGCAUUACUGAGAGUGACUGUACAUGGAUUAAAUACAUUGGAGCUGUUGUAUGAAACAUGGGAGACCUGGAGUGUGGUUUUGAGGAAAUGCAAGGGGUGAGACUGGGAUACCUGCUCAUCCAAGGCAAGCAAAUGUUUGCUUUGUCCCAGGUCUUCACCGACCUGCUGAAGAACAUCCCUCGGACCACGGUGCACAAGCGCAUGGACCACCUGAAGGUGAAGAAGCACCACUGCGACCUGGAGGAGCUGCGCAAGCUCAAGGCAAUACACUCAAUAGCUUUCCACGCCGCGAAGUGCACGCUGAUAUCGCGGGAGGACGUGGAGGCACUGUACUUCUCCUGCAAGACGGAGCGGGUGUUGAAGUCCAACAAAAGGAAAGCAAAAGCGCCGCUUCCCCCCGGGGAGGUGGACGCAUCUCCGGGGCUGCUCAGCGCCGACGCCGCCGAGCUGUGGAGGGAGAAAGUUUGGUUCAGUUUGCACGGCGUCCCGGAGACUCUCGCGCUCCACAGCAAGGCGGACAGGCGGAGAGAGCUGGCUCCCUGCCUCACCGACUCCAAACUACCUCAAUUUUACCACAAAACCCACGGCCGGGAUUUCCGUGCGGCGACUAAAUCCGGUCACAAACACUUUAAAAACUAUGAAACAUCUAAAAUAACAGGGAACUGCGUUACUUUGAGCCAAAGGCACGCGGUUUACCGGAGCGCGGUGAGCCGGCAGCCCGUGGUGCUCCAGUCCGCCAUAGCUGCUCAGUCCAGGCUCUCGCGCUCCGCCGGCGACCUACUUCACAAGAGGAAGAGGAGGCGCGAGGGGGGCGGCGGCAAGGACAGCGCGAGGCACUCGUGGAGCAGGAGCAGGCACGCGCACCAGCACGUACCGCCGGUUCUGCUCGUGCAACCCAAACCAACCGGCAGCCACGGGACCUCUUUCGGUGCUUUCCACCUCGGCCAGGAUUUCUAUCUCCACCCGAGAGCCCAGCACCAUCACCACCACCAGCAGCACCAUCACCAGCACCAGGAGCAGUCUUUCACGGAGAGCUACAGCAGCGACACCGAGUCCAGCACCUACUCGGACCGGGCGUACCCCGACUCAGAUUUUGGAUCGGGCUUCUCCACCACCAGCAACUCCGGUAGCUCCGAGGAGGAAGAGGACGAGGAUGACACCCAGUCGGAGAGUUCAGAGGUCAGCUCAGAAGACGAGGAGAGCUCCUCACAGUCCGACUCCAGCUCGGUUUCGAGCCGGGUCUCGGUGCAGAGCAUCCGGUUCAGACGCGCCCGGGUCGGGUCUCUGUCCAAAAGCGUCACCACUAGUAAAGCACCUUUGGUCCUGCAGCCCACGUUUCACUACAACAACGAGAAGCAGCACAGGACACUCGGGCAUGUUGCCCCCUCGCACACGGGAGACAGCAGACAGGAGAAAAGGCAAAAAUGUGAAUUUAUCUGCAGUGAAUACAGAAAGGACCUGGGACCCAUACAGCCACCACAAUUUUACUCAGCUGUGGGUGAGAGCUUCAAAAGGGAAAAGGCUUGUGAUGCUGAUCCUGAUGUGGAGCUGCCCUCCUAUUCACCGGGACUCACCCGGAGCAAGGCCUUUCACCCCACACGCAGGACACCCGGGUAUCCCAUCAAAUGCCCCCCGGGACUGAGCGCACAGUGGGACCAGGACAUGUUUCCCAAAUGUGCCGAUACAAGGGAGGCGAAAGUCACCACCUUAAAACUGCCAACCCCACUGAGGAAAAUAAAGGCCGAGACGGAGGAGGCCCCUGUGACCGCCGCCCCCCACUCGGACCGCGGCAGGGCGGCCAGGACACCUCCCUUCAACCUCCACAAUGUGAAAGUUAAAGUGGAGGAAAGCUGUGAUGAAUAUGAAUACCAGAGCCGGGCCUCUGUAGUCAAAUGUAAAGGAGACAAUAAGGCGGAGAGCAGCUAUGGCCUGCAUAUCAGCGGUGCCACCAUCAAGCAGGGGGACUUUUUCAAUAGCGGGAUUAAAGCCACAGAUAAGAGCCCUGGUGUGGCCCCCAGGUCCCCAUGUGGCCCUCAGGAAUGCAGCAGCACCCAGGACGCAUCGUGCACAGAUGAGGGGGAGCCAAGGCACAGAACCCUGAAGGCUGCGGUGCUGGGGAACAAGAAAGACCGAGUUUCCAGGUUGCAAACAAAACAGAACGUGCCCAGGGUCAACAAGGCUGCCCUGUCUUCUUCUUUUUCCACCUCCUCCUCGUCCUCUUCUUCUUCGUCUUCUACUUCUUCUUCAUGCUCCUCUUCCUCCUCUCGUCAGGAGGCGGCCACCGAGGAUUUACCGAGCAGACGCAAACGCAGCAGCAGCGCCAGUACCGCAGCACCGGCCGCAAAAUUGCCUUUCAGCCUGAUGGCGAAUUUCCCCUCCCCGCCGUCGCUGGUUGUUGGCAACGACGGGGAUUUGUGCCCCGCUUACUCCCUGAACUCGCUGAGGGGCCCCGGGCCUCCCCCUCCGUCCCACCCCGUGUGGAGGUGGCAGCCAGGCGUCCACAUUCUCCCUCCCCCACACACUCAGAGAACGAGGAAAUACUGAGGGUUUAAAAAAAAAACAAGCAAAACAACAAAACCCCCCACCACGGUGGCCAUCUCCAACACAAUCGUAGCCAGAGUCUUAACGUGAGCGCAGCAGAACUGCUCCAAACUUUUGUCGGUCUGUAUUUUUUCCGCCUCCCCCUCAUCCCUUCUUCUUUUUUUUCCCUCCUGUGAAUGGAUAUACAUUCCUGCUUUGUUUUGAGAUUUGAUGGAGGAAAACCUACACGAUCUGCCCCCCUCUCGGAGCCUCACGCACACGGGACUGUGAGACACCGCUCGUGGAUUUACGCUUAAAAAAGUUGUGUUUUAUUUUCCUCAAUAAGCUACAAACCCUAAGCAAUAUGUUAGGUUCUCGUUGUUGUGUUUACUUGAUUUUUUUAUUAUAAUUAUUGUUCUCUAAACUCGACUGUUUCUCCUUCGCCUUUCGACUUGUUGGAUUGUAUGAUGCCAGGGUUUCAGUGGUUUUUGCUUUGUCUGAAAAAAGAGGGGGGAAAUCCCAGCAAUCUUUGGGAUGAGGCUAAUUUUAGUUUAAGAUGGUGCUGCGUUUGAUUUAAAUCUAAAAACAAAGAAAGAAAAAGUCAGGGUUUCAAUUCUGUGCCACUAAAAGCUGUGUUUUCUUUCAUGAGUGUCACGCUGUCCGGCUUGGCCACACUGGUUUUCAAGUGUUCAGCUUCAGAGGAUUCUUAUGAAAAUGGGUUUUAUCAGUGUCAGUCUAUACCUUCUCACAGUUAAGCCUUUAUUAGAUUCGACAGGGAAUUAUUCCUGGUGGUUGUGGGUUUUUUCCAGAGUGCUUGUGAUCUGGUUUUCAGUCUUUUUUUCUUUUUCUGUUCUGCGCAGUAUUUCCUGGUUGUGUGUGCGCCGCCAGCGUGUGUGACGGCGCACAGACGCAGGGCCCAGACACAACACACAGGCCUUAUGUACUCAGACAAUCACAUGAAGGAAUAAGGCUCAGACCUUCACAGCGCCACACACUCGGUUCGUGUCCCCGUCAAGUCCCUUUGGACACCGGUGGCGUGUGCGCGUUAUUGCUGUGCCAUAGGUUUGCGUCUCUUUGCGCGUUCAGGGACACGGCAAUAAAUCAGGAAAAUAACGUGCACACACAAUGGCGAUGUCCAAUAUAGGGUUUUCAUGUGGGAUGUGAAUCAGAGGGGAAAAAUAAAUGAACCAGCACCAAAAACGCGUGAAACACAUUCUAUAGCUACACUGGCUACUCAGAAACAAUGCGACAAAGCACAAGUGAUGCACUUUGCUACCAUUGGGGGGGUCUUGAUUUAGCUUUAGUGGUGUCUGACUACAGUAUGGAACAUUAUGUUGGGGAGAUGUUGACAGAAAGAAAAACAAGAAAAUAAAAAGGAUAAGACUGUUGGAUGUAGACAAAAAGACCAAGAAGGUGCAUUCAAUUCCUUGCACUUUGGAGGAUUCUUUAGGUUUUCUGGUUUCCUAUAUGCUGAAUCCAGUGUUGUUCAUUAUUCUUUUUUAAGUAGAAUUAAAUUCUCUCCAUCUGAGGAAUAAAGACGUAAUUUAUUCCUCCAUUAUUGGCUGAGACACCCAAAAUACAAUUAACUUUUUUUUUAAUUUAAGAGCCAAUACGCUUUCCUCACAUAAUCUCAAAUUACCACAUCAAUGUAGACUCAGUGAAUGUACUACCCCGUCUCGCCCCCACAUUUUUAGUUGCACACACUUUUUAAAGGCUCAAGCUGCACCUACAUGUAGGUAUAUGGACUAUGCCUACAUGCCUGGAUGCUUUUAAUGGCCAGACCCGGCUUAAUUGGCAGGCUUCUGUCAGCCACAAAAGGAGAGGAGGCCCAGCUUAUGGCGAGCCGGAUCACAACAAACCCAAAGCCCAGAGAAUGAUGUCAGCCUCCUCACAAGCACAUGCAGCAAAAAGGGGGCACAUUCAUUCAGAGGAUUGUAGGAACCAUUUAAAGGGUGAUUGUAAAAUUUAAAAAAAGACAGCGAGUGAGAGAGAGUCAGAGAGAGUUUGGGGGGAAGGUGGAAAGAUGUCCAAAUAGCAAGUUUCACUCAAUCAGCGUUGGCACAAGAUGUUUGUUCAGUCAUGAAGCCACCAGCUCACUGUGGGCCUUAUUUUUUCCUUUACUUUGAGGCUGGGGCCAACAACUCUAACUUGAACUCAAGAUAUUCUCAGCCUGUAAAGAGGAUAUUUCUGGAGCUAUAUGACACAAGCCGGUGGUGUGUGUGUGUGUGUGUGUUUGUGCAGGCUACAGCAGUAAAACGGAGGGGGUUGCACAGGGUCGAGGAGGAGGAGGGUGGCGGUGGUGGUAUGGGGUGAUGGGGAGGGGGUCGCUGUGUUGCAAGAGCGAAGCUUUCAACCUUUAAUCCGCAUGUCAAAAGCACAGGCUGCACGGCAUAGGAGGAAGAGGAAUAGCCGUGCGUAAAGCAGUGCGGGUUACCCCCCCCCCCCCCCCCCCCCUCCUCUCUCUCUCUCUCUCUCUCUGACACACACACACACACACUCCACCCUCACCACCCCAAUGACGCACCAGCCUAUUCUCACGCAGCGCUCACAAUGCACGGCUGACGGACGGGGAUGGUGGUAAUGGCCUGUUGGGAGGACCCCUUUUUUCCACCAUUAUGACAAAUAGCGCCCCGACAGUGACGCUAUCAAUGUCAACAAUUGCAUCGUGCUGCAGAUAGAGGCUGCACGCACUCUUUCUCCUCCUCUUCCUCUUCUCUCACUCAUCCACUUAUUCCUUCUUUUUUUUAUAUACAAUACUUGAGGUCAGCUUUCUUGACAUGGAAUUUGAAGUCACUGGUUGUUUAUAUGAGACUGAAUAUUUAUUUUUGUGAAGUUUUCUGAGGUUUCUUGUAUAUUGAAUUUUUUUGGGGGUUGUGAAUAUAUAUAUCUAUAUAUAUCGUACAGCUGCACCCGAAAUGGAAACUUGAACGGUGGAUUUCUGAAGCACUUUCCCUUUCUUUUUUAUUCUGAAGCAUUCAUUAAAAGC